UCGGGGCUCGAGGUUCGGUUUGCAGCUGGAUCUUCCCUCCACCCUCUAAUGGUUGUUUUGUUGUAGUUUUCGACAGUCCGUGUCGUAGGGAGCUUCCAAGUGCAACUACGGUGAUAUUGCUUUUUUGGGGUUUUACAGAAACUGGGUCCAACACAACAAGUUUGAUUCCCAGUCCCGCCAUCGCUGAUACGAGUGUUGCCGUAAAUUGUCGGCGAGUUUGCGGUGGGUUGAUUUGCAGAAAUGUCAUGGAAAUUGGAGCGUCGUCGAGGGGGCGGGGGGUUUCGCUGAGGUUUGGUUAACCUUUGGUUAGGUUUUAGACUUCAUUUGGUGCUGAUAGCGCAAUUUACGGUCGAGUAGUUUGGUUUGGUUAUGGAUUUUGUGGUUUUGAAGGAAGUUAGGGUUAGGUUUUGAUCAGACUUAGGAAUUAGUGGAUGGAGAGCGUUUUGUAGGUGUUCGAUGUCGGCGUCAUGAGGUCAUUGAUGGUGAUGAGGUGGUGGAGAGAAGGGCUCGGCAGAAAUUGGAACUGGCUGUUUCGAAGAACGUGUCUAAAUUGAACGGGGCUUGAAUUUGGGAGCCUUAUGGGGGAUAUAUAUAAAGAAGUCAGUGGAAAGGGCUACGAUGAGGAGGAAGAGGAGGAAGAUGGAGACGGAGAGGGAGAGGGAAGGGGCCAACAGAUGCUGGGGUUUAUGUUUGGCAAUGUGGACGACUCAGGUGGCCUUGACGAAGAGUAUCUCGAUCAGGACGCAAAGGAACAUUUGUCAGCACUGGCACACCAGUUGGGACCAUCAUUGGUUGAUAUCGAACAACUGUAUGCUAAGAGGAAAGAACUGACAGAUGUCAGUGAGGGUGAAGAACUUGAAGAUUAUGAUCAGAAAGCAGACGAUGCAGUGGACUAUGAAGACAUACAGGAACAGUACGAGGGUCCCGAAGUUCAACUUGCUCCGCAGGAUAUACGAUUUUAUGCUGAAGCUGCAUUGGCUGGACCCACUAAGCUGGCCGAAGAAGAUAAUUAUGACGAGGACGAGGAAUCUGAAUCUGAACAACCUUUGGAAGAGAAGGGAGAAGACGAGGAUUUUGAAUCCGAUCAGCUUGCUGGGGCUAAGUUGGAGUCACCUGUCAAGAAUACCUCAGAAACGGAAGAUGAGGUACCUCUGACUCAGGAGGAGGAAGAUGAAGUUCCUAUGGCACAAGAACAGUGUCGAACCAGUGCAGUGGACACCAUAGUUUCUGACGAUGAAGAUGAAAAAGAAGACUGGGACCAUAUUCUAGGAUCACAGGAAACGACCUCGUCUUCAAAGGACCAAGAAGAGGAGGCUGCGAAAAUUUCUCUUCCUGUCCUUUGUCAAGAGGAUGGAAAAACUGUGCUUAGGUUCUCGGAGCUUUUUGGCGUGCGAGAACCUUAUUGGGUCAUUGGUCAUCGUAAAGGCCGGCAAAGACGAGGUCAUAAUAGAGAGAAACGAGAACGACCUGAGGAGGAUUUGGAAGCUAUGGAAGAUGAUGAAGAGGCAGUACUGAAGAGGUGUUCGCAACAAAUUUUACUUGCUGCUGAAUCGUCAAGUGCGGAAGGGGACUUCGAAAGUGCGAGCAGUUUAGAGGAUUCUGACGUUGGAAGUGGACCAGAGGAAGAUAGCUAUCAGACAGCGUUCGUCCUUUCACACAACCGGCGAAAUCGGACUAAGCAGAAAAAGUUCGUGUUUACCCCCGCAGAACCCAUGAAAGUAGACGCCGACUUGUACGAGGACGAUAUCGCAGAAUCCAGGAGACUUAUUCCUGAUGCAAAUUUUGACCUUAUUUAUCUAGAAGAAUGGGAAGAUAAUAUCAUUUGGGAUAGCUUGGAUGCUACCAGACGUCCUCGUUGUCACUUGGUGGAGGUUGAUUCAGAGAGUGAGGAGAGUCGCGUGUCUGAGACCGAUCACCAGCCUCCUGCAACAAAACAAUGCCAUGAAGAGUUGAGUGAUUGCUCUGACUGUCAAAGGCCUUAUAUUGUGGAGCCAUUAUGUCAAAUAAGUAGCAAUGUAGAAGAUGAUGGACUAACUAUCCCUGCGAAAACCUCUAGACAUCCACAAAUGCUUAGACUUGAGACUUUGUCCCUUCGUAAAGAGCCCGAGGACGAAGAAAGGGCUGAAUUGUUGAAGCAUAUCAGCAACCUGACUCUUGAAGUGAAGGAGAAGAAUCAGGAGCUUUCACGUGGAGAUUGGCUCGGUAACAUUUGUUGGGGAGAUCUAGAGCCUGGUCUUCCAAGGUCAAAGGUUAUCUUUGAUUUGAUGGAUCCACAAAUGGUUUUUGAGACAACGGAGUCUAAAGAUGGCAAAUCCAUAUGCCUUCAUGCCGCUGCAGUUUUGCUUACUCCUCGAGGAAAAGAGGGGGCUUCUGAUGGUGCAGAAGGAACGGCCAAUGCUUCUUUGCCUCUGACCAGGUUCAACAUUAGUUGUGAUAAAUAUUACACAAAUAAGAAGACUCAUCAACAGCAGAAAUCAAAUGCCAAGAAGCGGGCUAUUCAUGGAGUCAAAGUGAUGCAUUCACUUCCAGCUAUUAAGCUUCAAAGCAUGAAGCCUAAGUUAUCCAAUAAGGACCUGGCAAAUUUUCAUCGCCCGAAGGCAGUAUGGUAUCCUCAUCACAAUGAGGUUGCCGCCAAGGAACAGGGAAAACUUGCAGCGAAGGGUCCUAUGAAAGUCAUUGUGAAAACACUAGGUGGUAAAGGAAGCAAGCUUACUGUUGAUGCCUCGGAGACCUUGGAUGUGCUCAAGGCAAAAGCUGCCAAGAAACUGGGAGACCUGAAACCUUCCGAAAAGACGAAGAUCUUUUAUUCGGGGAAGGAGUUGGUAGAUGGCUACACCUUUGCUCAACAGCAAGUACCACCAAAUUCGGUAUUGCAUUUAGUACGGACCAAGAUUUAUCCUUGGCCGAAAGCGCAGCGCCUGCCGGGUGAGAACAAGCCCUUACGACCACCAGGAGCCUUCAAGAAAAAGUCCGAGCUUUCUGUAAAGGAUGGUCAUGUUGCCCUAAUGGAGUAUUGUGAAGAAAGGCCCCUGGUUCUUGGAAAUGUAGGGAUGGGAAGUCGGCUUUAUACUUAUUACCGAAAGCGAACUCCGACUGAUGCUACCGCCGCUACCCUUCGUGCUGAACGGGGCCCUUGGGUUGGCAUUACUCUACCCCUAGAGCCAACUGAAGAUUCCCCGUUUCUUGGUGACAUUCGGCCUGGUGAAACACAGUCUAGCCUGGAGACAAACAUGUAUAGGGCACCUGUUUUCCCCCAUAAAGUUGCUACGACUGAUUUCCUGCUCGUUCGUUCCCCGAAGGGGAAACUGUCUCUUAGACGGAUUGACAGCGUCCAUGUUGUUGGCCAGCAGGAGCCUCACAUGGAGGUGUUGACUCCAACUUCCAAGUUAGUGCAGAAUUACGUAGGGAACCGAUUAUUAGUAUAUUUGUACCGUGAAUUCCGUGAGAAGGAGAAGCCCGGUGUUAUUACACCUCACGUACGGGCCGAUGAUGUAACGUCGCAAUUCCCUUCGCUUACUGAAGGCUUUAUCAGGAAACGGCUGAAGCAUUGUGCUGAUCUUCAGAAAAUUGGAGGGGAGAUGUGCUGGAUAAUGCGACGAAAUUUUAGGAUUCCUUCUGAGGAAGAAAUGAGACGUUUGGUGACACCUGAGAAUGUGUGUACAUACGAAAGCAUGCAAGCUGGGCUUCAUCACCUGAAGCGUAUGGGUGUACAUAAAUUAACACAACCGUCGGGGUUAUCUGCUGCCAUGAACCAGCUUCCAGAUGAGGCUAUAACUCUAGCAGCUGCUUCACACAUUGAGAGGGAACUGCAAAUCACUCCCUGGAAUUUGAGUUCUAAUUUUGUUGCCGCUACAAUGCAGGGAAGGGGAAGCUUAGAGCGUCUAGAGAUUGUGGGAGCUGGUGAUCCAUCUGGCCGGGGACUGGGCUUCAGCUACCUACGUGUGGCAACCAAACCUCCUAACGCUGGUGCUUUGGUUGAGAAGAAAGCAGCAGCUGCAAGGGGUGGGGGAGCUGUUACUGGCACUGACGCUGAUCUUCGCCGUCUUAGUAUGGAAGCUGCACGAGAGGUACUCUUAAAGUUCAAGGUCCCAGAAGAGGUCAUAGACAAGUUAACUCGGUGGCAUCGAAUUGCAAUGGUUCGAAAACUUUCAAGUGAACAAGCUGCUACAGGUGUGAAGCUUGGCGCGGCCACUUUGAAUAAAUUUGCUCGAGGACAGCGGAUGUCAUUUCUUCAGCUUCAGCAACAAACUCGAGAGAAAUGUCAAGAUAUCUGGGAUAGACAAGCACAAAGUCUUUCGAUUGCAGACGGUGAUGAUUCAGAAAGUGAUGGAGAAGCUGGUGGAGACCUCGAUUCUUUUGCUGGUGAUUUAGAGAAUCUUUUAGAGGCCGAGGAGGGAGACGAAGUUGGAGGUAAGAAAGGAAAGCGAGAAGGUAUGGGAGGUCUCGGGGCUCGGCUUCGCAAACAGAUAGCUCAACAAGAAGAAGAUAUUGAAGAUGAAGAGGCUGAAGCAGCCGAACUCCGGAGAAUGCUCCGUGCAGACGACGAAGCCGAGGAGGAACAAAAGAAGAAGAAAAAUAUUCUUGUGAACAAAGAUAAAAAGAAGGAGCUGGAAAGUGUGGAAACGCCUCCUGAUUUAGGUGUAGGUGGUGAAGGACAAGCUGGCAAGAAGAAGAAGAAAAUCAUCAAACGUAUUAUUCGUACCAAGAAGCCAGAUGGAACUUAUACCUCGAAAGAAGUUAUCAUCACUGACCCUAAAGAGGUAGCAAUUUACUUAGCGAAAAAGAAUGCGAACAAGGCGGCAAACCAAGCAGGAGGUACUGAGAAAGAUGGUGCUGCAAGUAAGGGCACAGGAAAGCCGCCUUUGGUUAACAAAAAGAUAAAGAGGAGCGGAGGUCCUGUAAAAGAGAUGCCAGCUAAGGUCAAGGUAAAUGGGAAACUUGGGCGAGAUGCUUUAUCGCUGGUUUGUGGGGCCUGUGGUCAGCUUGGUCACAUGCGCACAAACAAGAAAUGUCCUUUGUACAAUGAAGAAGGUGAGCCUGUGGCUUGGCAAGACUCAGGGGCAGCUGCCGACGGCACGUUAGAACGUCAAGGAACGAAGAUCACCUUCAAGAGAAAGUCUAUUCCUACUAAGAAAGUGGACGAAUUGGAAUCUCCAAAAUCGGCACAGGCUCCUGUGGUCAGAACUCCAUUACCAAAGAAAGAGAUUCCUGCCCCUGUACCUUUAAUUAAGACCCCUUCCCUGAAGAUGAAGAUUAAGCUUAUUUCAGGAGCCAAUCAAAUUCUUGAUGAUUCUCCUGCACAUUCUGUAUCGAAACCUGCUCGGGAGAAAGUUGAGAAAUCGGCUGGAGUCGAUGUUAACGAUGGAGGAGACGCUGGGUCCAGCCAACCUGCACGGCCUCCUGUUAUCAAGCUUAAGCUGUCUAGCCAGAAGCAGAAAGGGCAGGGUUUGAAGCGAUUGAAGCCGGACCUUGACUCAGAGACAAGGAAGGAAAGGGAGAGGACACGGGAAAAGGAGAAGAAGGAGCGUGAAGAAUAUGAGAGGGAAAAGAAAGAACGAGAAGAGUAUCAGAAAGCCUUGGAUGAGGAAACGGAGAGGGAGGAGAGAGAGAGAGAAGAGAGGGAGCGGGAAAGGGAGGAAAAAGUGGAGAGGGAUUUUAAAAGACGAACAACUAUGCCUCGUACUAAUGGAGCUGAAAGUAGUCGAGGUAAUAAGGUUGAGAAUAAGCUGGUGUUCAAACCAUUGAAGAAGAAGAUCGUACGCGCCAAGGACGAUGCUGAGUUGAUGAGAAGAAGAGAAAGAGAGCGGGAGCAGGUGGAACGUAUGGAGAGAGAUAGGGAAAGACAGGAAGCUGAGGAAUAUCAACGUGCAUUGCAAGAGGAGUUAAAAAGAGAACAAGAAGAGCUCGAGCGAAAAGAACAGAGGGAAAGAGCAGAGCGAGAAGAGAGGCAGCGGAGAGAAAAAGAAAAAAUUGAUCGAGAGCGUCACAGACUGCAUAUGAAAGAAAAAGAAAGACGACAACGAGAGCGGGAAGCUAAGUCUCGUGAAGCUGUUGAGCUACAAGCUCAGAAAGCACAGGAAGAAAGAGAGAGGCAGAUUAAAGAAGAAGAGCGACUGCAGCAGCAGCGUGAUAAAGUGAAGAUCAGGGAGAAGAGUCUGAAGUCUAAGCAUAUGAAGGAGCGCACAAGGAAUAUAUCUGUACCUUCACCUGGUCUUCCAGUGACAGAUCAUCGUUCUAAAGGGCUCAAGAGGCGGCAUGAAGCACCCCCACCUCCAUACCAUCACAUUCCAGACCAUGGUAAUGCUCCCAAGCGAUUGCGUAAGAAAGGAGGCGAGGUCGAGCUCUGCAACAUUUUAGAAACGGUUGUGGAGAACUUGAAGAAUGCGGAUUGUUCCUAUUUGUUUCUAAAGCCAGUGCCCAAGAAAGAGGCUCCUGAUUACCUCCAUUUUGUAAAGCGCCCAAUGGACCUGUCAACAAUCCGUGAAAGGGUUCGGAAGCUCAAGUAUAAAAGCCGUGAAGAUUUUCGGAAGGAUGUUCAGCAAAUUGCUGAAAAUGCCCAUCUUUACAACGAUGGUAGGAAUCCAGGUAUCCCUCCUCUGGCCGACAGACUGCUUGCGCUCUGCGAUGUGGAGCUGGAUGCAAGGUAUGAAGAUCUUGACGAAGCGGAAGCAGGCAUUGAACCCUUGGAUAACGGGUCAAGUGGAAACUCUCCGAGGCUUGACCGUCGUCGAAGUAUCCGCACGUUUUAGUAUCCUUGAAGGUUUUGAUGGCGGCAUUUUGGAGCCAUUGCAUAUCGUUAAGGGGGAGGCUCGCUACAGGAAGGUCGAUUUAUCGUCAAGAUUGUGAGGCUAAUUGGCUCUCAAGUUGCGGGCUGUAAUUUGAAGAUACGGAACUCUGUUCAAAGCUUGAGAGGGGAUAUUUCCUUCUUCUGUGCAUAUUGUGACAUUAUGUAGGUUUUGAAGGUAGCAACACAGCCUUGUGGAAGCUCUGCAAUAUUGCAAAAAUAGCUCCAUGACUCCUUUUUUUAAGAAAAAAUUGCAUGUGCCGUUGCGUCUGAAAGCGUAUGGACAUGCUCCCUCUUGUACUGUCAUUAUUUGAAUAAACUUCACAAUUAGUUCCAAUUC